AUGUCAUUGAGGCGCCUGACAGCCCUGUUUUCGAUCGCCUUUUCCGCCAGUGCGCAGUCUACUGCAUUAAGUGCCUGUUCGAGUACAAUUGCCCCACAAAAUGCGGCUCCUUCGGUUGCGCCUGGUUUCCGUGUCGAGGUCGUCGCUAAUAACCUGACCCGCCCCCGGAGCAUUCAGUUCGAUUCGGAAGGUGCUUUGCUAGUGGUAGAGCAGAGUCAGGGUGUUAGAAGGAUCAGGCUGAGUGGUGAUGGCAUUUGUGUGAGGCAAGAUGGAGAAGCUCAGAAUGUGACCGACAACACGAGCCUGAACCAUGGUCUCGCCCUUUCAGAGAAUGGUCGAACGCUCUAUGCAUCUUCAGCAAGCGCUGUCUAUGCCUGGGACUACGACCCCUCACAAGGUCUAACAACAUCUGAAUCCCGCCGGAUCGUAGGUGACUUUGGCACUACCGAUGGCCAUGUGACUAGGACGCUUCUCUUCAGCCAGGCGGCUCCUGGCAUGCUACUGGUGAGUCGAGGCAGUGGACCAAAUGUUGAUCUUCGAGCGCUGGACAGGUCGAAAGCCAUCUCUACAAUCAAGGCCUUCAACGUGACAAACGCCACUUCAGAAGGCUACAGCUAUAUUAACAAUGGUUUGCUUCUUGGAUGGGGCCUCAGGAAUAGUGUCGGCGUAGGCGAGGAGCCAGUGACCGGCGGUAUCUACUCCGUCGAGAACAGCGUCGACAACUUCCAGCGAGAUACUGAAUUGAUCAACGAGAAUAAUCCCGGAGAGGAGAUGAACUUCCAUGGAUAUCUCAACGGCACUCAGUAUGAGCAGCAAGGGGGCAACUAUGGCUAUCCGACAUGUUACGCCGCUUGGAACGUCUCUGAGAUCCCAGACAAUCAAGACAUCUCUGUCGGUUCGCAGUUUGCCAUUGGCAGCCAGAACGACACCGUCAAUGACGAGAGUUGCCGUGAUAAACAUAUCGCUCCUAGACUAACCUUCCAAGCUCACAUGGCUCCAAUCGAUGUCAAGUUUAACACCAACGGUACCGGCGCAUGGGUGUCGUUCCGCGGGUCAUGGAAUCGCGAGGACCCCAUUGGCUACAAAAUCAGCUUCAUCCGAUUCGACGGCCACGGCUCACCAAUCGCUGCUGCAAAUAGUACUACCGCAGCAGUCGACAUCGUAUCGAACCCAGAUCUUUCCGAGUGCCCUGACAACUGCUUCCGCCCUGCAAGUCUGGCUUGGGAUACUCGAGGUCGCUUGUUCUUCAGCAGCGAUGCGACUGGAGAGAUCUAUGUCAUCACCAGGGAAGAUGGAAGUGGUGUGAACAGCGUCAGUGAAGUGGGCUCGAAUGGUACCUCUAGCGGCGGUGGUUCGGGCACUGGGACUUCGGCGCCUUCACCGACUAGCAGCAGCAGUGCUGCUGUCAUGCAGAGCUGCAGGGUUGCAAGCAUCUGGGCGGCCGGUGCAGUGGCUGUUGCACUGGCUCUAUAA